AUGCCGCCGCCCCGGAGCCUCCCGCCGCCCCGGGGUGCCCCAGCAGCGGCUCCGCGCCCCUCACCCUGCGCCAGGCUCCGCCGGGCACCCGCCGCUUCCGGACACCCACCCGGAAGCGUCCUCGGGCAGCCGCGCGCGUUUCCGCCCCCCGGGGAAGCGCGACGGCGGCGCCGCUUUCCGCUUCCGGUCCGUGCCCUUGCCCGUCCGUGUCGCGGCGGGAUGUUGGCGGCGCGGGGGCUGUGGCGGGCCGCGCUGCGAGGCGAGCGCCCCGGGCCGGGCGGCAGCGGCGCUGGGCCGGGCGGCUGGCGGUGGUUGGGACUUGUGACGCGUCCGUUUCUCUCCGCAGCUGGCGCAGGCCCGGCGGCGGCGCAGGCCCGGCUGGCGGGGAGCUCCGCGGGCGAGACUCGCCCUACUGUCAGACCAAAAAAUGAAGUAGAACAGAAGCAGCUGUGUGCCUUUGGGGAAUAUGUGGCUGAGAUUCUGCCCAAGUAUAUCCAGCAAGUACAGGUGACCUGUUUCAAUGAGCUGGAACUUUUGAUCCACCCAGAUGGGAUCAUUCCAGUUCUGACCUUCCUACGGGAUCACACUAAUGCCCAGUUCAAAUCCUUGGCUGACUUGACUGCUGUUGAUGUCCCAUCUCGGCAGUACCGCUUUGAGAUUGUGUACAAUCUCCUGUCUCUGCGGUUCAACAGUCGGAUCCGUGUGAAGACGUACACUGAUGAGCUGACGCCUGUUGACUCAGCAGUGUCUGUGCACAAGGCAGCAAACUGGUAUGAAAGAGAGGUUUGGGACAUGUACGGUGUUUUCUUUGCCAACCACCCUGAUCUAAGGCGAAUCCUCACAGACUAUGGGUUUGAGGGCCAUCCCUUCCGGAAGGACUUUCCACUCUCUGGUUAUGUGGAGGUGCGGUAUGAUGAUGAAGUGAAACGGGUAGUGGCAGAGCCUGUGGAGCUAUCUCAGGAAUUUCGCAAGUUUGAUCUGAAUAGUCCUUGGGAGGCAUUUCCUGCAUAUCGUGCAGCUCCAGAACCCCUAAAAAUAGAAGCAGGAGCCAAGAAAGAAGAUGCAAAAUAACAGCAGAAUGGAGCAGAUGCACAGCACUGUCAUUUCUGUUCUGACAUAGUAUUUAUAAUAUUAAAAAUUGAUACAAUA